CCAAUUUGCAAUGCCAACACUGGCCUGAGGGCAACACUGUCAACAGCACGAAGGAAAUGCGCGCUUCGUUUCAACUUUUAGAGGCACAAUUGCUCCAAACGAAGUCUGGAGAAAACAAACCGUCAAAGACGAAGACAGACACGAGGCAGCUCUGAGUCUUCACUAUCCUAGUGGACUUGCCUUUCAAGUUGCACAGAUUCUGCAAGACUUCUUCUCAAAUCAGCGAGAAUCCAACCUCUGAACCUCGCUUGUUACACUUUAUACUACCUGAACAAGGGGCGUCUAUUUUGAGAAGAUUCAGGGCUUAAUGCCAGCCUGCACUGGUCGUCCACCUGCACAUCCGGUGUCUUGGCCAGUUUGCAAGUGAAGGGACAUCUGCGUCAGAAACGAAGCCUAGAGCUCGUUUGCCUCAAUUUUCUGGAUUGAAAGUUUGAGAGGCUGUGACCCAAGUCAGAUAGAUAUCCGUAUGAGAAGCAGCUUCACCCAUGGAUGCAUCUGGUCCAUCAAAGGACAAAGCCAAGGGUAUAAACUUGCUGGACUCGUUUGCUGUCAAGAGGCACCUAGACGAGGUUGCAACGGAGGCGAUCAUCGAUCGGGGCUACUUAGAAGACGUUUUUUUCAGCAACGUGCGCAUUGCUAUUGGUCUUGCAUCAUGCGGAGUGGCAUGCCUUGCCCAGUUCUACCCCCAGAAAUUUCCUGCUAACGUGACGCUUCUCAUGGUCUGCAUUGGCAUCUACAUAUUGCUCAACUUGGCCCUCCAGUUCUUGGCAAUUUUCAAGGAGAAGAACCACAUACUAUUCACUCAUCCGAAAACGGGUUCCUACACAACAACGGGGCUAGCCGUGUCCUCCAAGCUUCCUCGAUUCUCCUCCCAGUAUACUCUCAGAAUAGGCAGCAGUGAACCCAACUCGGUAUCUGCGCGGCCAGCUGUUGAGAUGACAAGGAGUAUAACGGAAUGGUUUACCGGAGACGGGAUCCUUGCUGAAAAAGAGUACUGGAAGGCAGUUGAACAGCUUUUAGACGAGUACGAGGGUUCUGCCAAGAAAAGGAGAUGACAAAUUGUGUGUGGUUCAACAACCAUCUAUUCUUUGCCACCGCAAAAGGAGCAAAAAAGGGGCAACGAAAGUGGCUUUUGAUUACAUUGGGGUCGGAAGUGUCUGUCAUGAUGAGCAAAUGGCGUACGGUCAGUACUUGACUCAUUGAUAUUUGCCUCCGAUGUGCAGCCGCAAUGAAUUGAUCUUGUUUUCGUACACGGCGUAGCCUGGCACAUACAUAGGCUACAGGCUUAACUCCCCGGAUCAUCAGAUAUGUACUAGGUAAUACCGG